AUGGGAAAGAAGAAGGGAGCCAAAAAGGGCGGCGCCGAUGACUUCUGGGACGAGGCCGGAGAGUCGAUCGACAACAACAACGCCGCCGCCGCCACCGCCGACGAUGACCUGCUCGAUGAGCCGCCCAAAAAGUCGAACCGCAAAAACGCAUUUGCCGCCAUGACCCUCGAGGAUGCCGGCGGAGACGACGACGACGACGAAGAGGACAAGGACGCUGGCAAGGCCAGCAAGCCAGCCCCUGCCGCCGCCGCCGCCGACGACGACGACGACUACGGCGGCCUCAUGAGCGCGCUCAAAAAGUCAAAGGGCAAGAAGGACAAGAAGAAGAAGAAGAAGGACGACUACGACUUCGACGACUUGGGAGAAGACAUCGGCGGCAACGCCGGCGCCGACGAUGCAGCCGCCGAGUCCAAGGCCCCCGUCGUGGUCAGCGCCGAGGACCUAAUGGACGAAGAGUUCCCCGAUACCUCCAAGAAGGGCAAGAAGGGUGGCAAGAAACAGCAGCAGCAGGCCGACGACGAGGACGACGAUGCAGCGGCAGCAGCACCACCAUCGGCCAAGGCGGACGAAGAAGACGCCGACGCGCCGCGCAUCCUGAGCAAGAAGGAAAAGGAGAAGCUCAAGAAGGAAAAGGAGAAGGAGAAGAAGAAGGCGCAGGCAGCGGCCAAGAAGGCGGCGGCAGCGUCCUCGUCCCCGGCACCCGGCACGCCCGAGCCCGAAAAGGAGGCGCCGCAGGCCGAGGAGGAGGCCCGCCGCGCCGAGGAAGAGGCCGAGAGGCUGGAAAAGGAGGAGGCCGAGCGCAAGGAGGCCGAGCGCCAGCGCAAGCGCGAGAAGGAGAAGGCCAAGAAGGAGCAGCUCAAGAAGGAGGGCAAGCUGCUCACGCCCAAGCAAAAGGCCGAAAAGGCGGCCGCCGAGGCGCGGCUGCAGGCGAUGCUCAAGAGCGGCCAGAUCAAGGUCGAGGGCCUCGAGCAGCAGAAGGAGGCCCAGGCGGCCGCGGCCACCGACGCCGGCCCUUCCAAGAAGCGCGUCGUCAUCGACAACCGCAAGAAGAAGAAGCCCGUCCAGAAGCGCGAGGGCGGCCUCACCAUCCCCGAGCCCGUCGCCGCUCCCGCCGACGCCGAAGAGGCCGACAAGUCCGACGAGGCCAAGCCGGUCGAGGACGCGGCGGCUGCUGCGGCGGCGUCCCCUGCUGCAGAGGCCAAGCCGGCCGACGAGGCCGAGGACGUCAAGGACAGCUGGGACGCCGAGUCCGACGAGGACGUCAAGGACGACUGGGAUGCCGAGUCUGAAAAGGACGACGACGACGACGAGGGCAAGAAGCCGGCGGCCGCGGGCGACAAGGCCAAGUCCGCUACCAACGGCAAGGCCGGUGCUGCCGCCGCCGCUGCCGGCAAGAAGGCGGCCAACGGCAAGAAGGAGGCAAAGGCAUCCGACGAUGAGGAUGGCAGCGACGACAGCGACGACGACUCUGGCUCCGACUCGGAUGACUCGGACAGCGACGACGGCCUGACGUCGAACGAAAAGGCGCUGGCCAAGCGCAAGGCCGAGGCGGCCGCCCGCCGGCACGAGCGCACCAAGCAGGCGCUGGCGGCGCGCAGCAAAGACGACCUGCGCAGCCCGAUUUGCUGCAUUCUCGGCCACGUCGACACGGGCAAGACGAAGCUGCUCGACAAGAUCCGGCAGACCAACGUCCAGGAGGGCGAGGCGGGAGGCAUCACGCAGCAGAUCGGCGCCACGUACUUCCCCGUGGAGACGCUGCAGCAGAAGACGGCGGUGCUGGACAAGGACCACCCGUUCGAGUACAAGGUGCCCGGCCUGCUCGUCAUCGACACGCCCGGCCACGAGUCGUUCACCAACCUGCGUACCCGCGGCUCCUCGCUGUGCAACAUUGCCAUCCUCGUCAUCGACAUCAUGCACGGCCUCGAGAACCAGACGCGCGAGAGCAUCAAGCUGCUGCGCGACAAGAAGACGCCGUUCGUCGUGGCGCUCAACAAGAUUGACCGGCUGUACGGCUGGGAGGCGACGCCCAACGGCGCGUUCCGGGCGAGCUUUGCCAAGCAGAACCGCUCGACGCAGAACGAGUUCCUCGAGCGCACGCGCAACGUCAUUGUCCAGCUGGCCGAGGAAGGGCUCAACGCGUGCCUGUUUUUCGAGAACAAGAACAUGAGCAAGAACGUCAGCCUGGUGCCGACGUCGGCGCACACGGGCGAGGGCAUCCCGGACAUGCUGCGCCUGAUUGUCGAGCUGACCCAGACGCGGAUGAGCGACAAGCUCAUGUACCUCUCGGAGCUCGAGUGCACCGUGCUCGAGGUCAAGGUCAUCGAGGGCCUCGGCACGACGAUCGACGUCGUGCUGUCCAACGGCGUCAUGCACGAGGGCGACCGCAUCGUCGUGUGCGGCCUCAACGGCCCGAUUGUGACGCAGGUGCGCGCGCUGCUGACGCCGCAGCCGCUCAAGGAGAUGCGCGUCAAGGGCGCCUACGUCCACCACAAGAUGGUCAAGGCGGCGCUCGGCGUCAAGAUCGCGGCGCCGGACCUGGAAAAGGCCAUCUCGGGCUCGCGGCUGCUCGUCGUGGGUCCCGACGACGACGAAGAGGACCUCAAGGACGAGGUCAUGUCGGACCUGACGGACCUGCUCGACAAGAUCGACACGUCGGGCCGCGGCGUGUGCGUGCAGGCGUCGACGCUGGGCUCGCUCGAGGCGCUGCUCGAGUUCCUCAAGGUGAGCAAGAUCCCCGUCGGCGGCAUCAACAUCGGGCCGGUGUACAAGAAGGACGUGAUGCGCUGCUCGACGAUGCUGGAAAAGGCCAAGGAGUUUGCCGUCAUCCUGGCGUUUGACGUGCCCGUCGACAAAGAGGCGGAAAAGCUGGCUGAAGAGUUCGGCAUCAAGAUCUUUACGGCCAAGAUCAUCUACCACCUCGAAAACGACUUUGUCAAGUACAACCAGGAGAUUGUCGAGAGCAAGAAGCGCGAGGCGAGCGGCACCGCCGUGUGGCCGUGCCGGCUGCGGACGAUUGCGUGCUUUGCCAAGCGCGACCCGAUCAUCCUCGGAUGCGACAUUAUCGAGGGCUCGCUGCGGGUGGGGACGCCGCUGGCGGUGGUCAAGGUGGACCCGGCGACCAAGAAGAAGCAGACGAUCCACCUGGGCAAGGUGACGUCGCUCGAGAUCAACCACAAGGAGAAGGACGUGGUGCUGAAGAAGGACGUGGGCGGCGGUGUCGCCGUCAAGAUUGAGCACGCCGUCUACGAGAGCGCCAAGAUGUACGGGCGCCACUUUGACGACAAGGACGAGAUUGUCUCGCACAUUAGCCGCAACUCGAUUGACGCGCUCAAGGCCCACUUCUGGGAGGGCAUCUCUACCGACGAGAAGCGCCUGAUCAAGAAGCUCAAGGCCGAGCUCGACAUUCCGUAA